GCGGGGGGCCGGGCUGCUCACCACCGCAACGGUGGGGACGGUGGCAGCCGGCGGCGGGGGCUGCCUCGGCCGCCCGCGGGGACCCAGUGCUGCCCCGCUGCGCCCGUCCGCUCCGCCGCGCACUGUUGUCAUGGAGGAGCCAAGAUGGCGGGCCUGGCCUACACCCUGGGCAAGCGGGAGAUCAACUACUACUUCAGCGUGAGGAGCGCCAAGGCGCUGGCGCUGGGCGCCGUCCUGCUGCUCGCCGCCUGCCACGCCGCCUCACGCCGCUACCGAGGUGAUGAUACGUGUGAGUAUCUUCUGUCCAGUGGGAGGUUUCUUGGAGAAAAAGUCUGGCAGCCUCAUAGUUGUAUGAUGCACAAGUAUAAAAAUAGUGAAGCAAAGAACUGCCUCAUAGACAAACAUAUUGUGUUUUUAGGAGAUUCUAGAAUCCGACAGCUGUUCUAUUCAUUCAUAAAAAUCAUAAAUCCUCAAAUCAAGGAAGAAGGAAAUAAGCAUGGAAAUAUCCCUUUUGAAGAUAAAUCUGCUUCAGUUAAAGUGGAUUUCCUGUGGUAUCCGGAAGUUAAUGGCUCUAUGAGGCAGCGUAUCAAAUCUUGGACUGAGGGUUCCGUGGCAAAACCUCAUAUAAUUGUAGCUGGAGCUGCCACAUGGUCUAUCAAGAUUCACAAUGGCAGCAACGAAGCCCUCGCACAAUAUAAAAUCAAUAUCACUUCAAUUGCACCUCUUUUGGAAAAAUUAGCAAAAAGUAGUGAUGUUUACUGGAUCUUACAAGAUCCUGUUUAUGAAGAUUUGCUGAGUGAGAGUCGGAAAAUGAUCACUAAUGAGAAAAUAGAUGCUUACAAUGAAGCAGCUGUCCGUAUUUUGAACAGCAGCUCCCGAAAUUCCAAAGCUAAAGUUAAAGUGUUCAGUGUAUCAAAACUGAUAGCACAAGAAACCAUUAUGAAGUCUUCAGAUGGCUUGCAUCUGCCUGAAUCAAGUAGAGAUACGAAUGCAAUGAUUCUCAUGAAUGUCUACUGCAAUAAGAUAAUGAAGCCCAUUGAUGGCUCCUGCUGCCAGCCUCAGCCUCCUCUCACCCUGAUACAGAAGUUAGCUUUCUGUUUCUUUACUUUGUCCAUUAUUGGAUAUUUUGUUAUCAGUUUAAUUCAUCGGAAUAAUUAUCGAAAGAACAAAUCAUGCACUGAUCUGGAAAUUGGAGAGGAGAAGAAGCCAACCAUCAGUACUCCUAAUGUUUCUACGUUAGAGAUGCUGCUACACUGUUUCUGCAAACUUGGUCUAAUCAUGACCUAUUUUUAUCUAUGUGACAGAGCAAAUCUUUUCAUGAAGGAAAAUAAAUUUUAUACACAUUCAUCUUUCUUCAUACCGAUCAUCUAUAUCUUGGUUUUGGGUGUAUUUUAUACCGAAAAUACCAAAGAGACUAAAGUGUUAAAUAGAGAACAGACUGACGAAUGGAAGGGCUGGAUGCAGCUUGUUAUUUUGAUUUAUCAUAUCUCUGGAGCAAGCACUUUUUUGCCUGUGUACAUGCACAUUCGAGUUCUGGUGGCUGCAUAUCUAUUCCAAACAGGUUAUGGGCACUUCUCGUAUUUUUGGAUCAAAGGGGACUUUGGUGUGUACAGAGUGUGUCAGGUAUUAUUUCGCCUCAAUUUCCUGGUUGUGGUACUGUGCAUAGUGAUGGACCGACCAUACCAGUUCUACUACUUUGUGCCACUGGUUACUGUCUGGUUUAUGAUCAUUUAUGCCACCUUGGCUAUGUGGCCUCAGAUAGUCCAGAAGAAAGCAAAUGGGAACUGCUUAUGGCACUUUGGUUUAUUGCUUAAACUGAUUUGCUUGCUGGCUUGUAUAUAUUUUCUGUCAUAUUCUCAGGGUGCGUUUGAGAAGGUGUUUUCAUUUUGGCCUCUCUCCAAGUGUUUUGAACUGAAUGGGAAUGUCUAUGAAUGGUGGUUUAGGUGGAAGUUGGAUCGCUAUGUGGUUUUUCAUGGGAUGCUGUUUGCUUUUAUUUAUCUGGCAUUGCAGAAACAUCAGAUGAUUUCAGAAGGAAAGGGAGAUCCGCUUUUCUCCAGCAGAGUUUCAAAUGUUUUAUUAUUUAUUUCAAUCGUAUCCUUUUUGACCUACUCCAUUUGGGCUAGUAGCUGUAAGAACAAAGCAGAGUGCAAUGAGCUGCAUCCUUCUGUUUCGGUGGUGCAGAUUUUAGCUUUCAUCCUCAUCAGGAACAUUCCUGGUUACGUCCGUUCUGUCUAUAGCUCUUUUUUUGCGUGGUUUGGUAAAAUUUCUCUAGAGCUUUUCAUUUGCCAAUACCACAUCUGGCUGGCAGCAGACACAAAGGGGAUCUUGGUGCUCAUUCCUGGCUAUCCGAUGUUUAACGUUAUCGUCAGCACUUUUAUCUUUGUGUGUGUGGCACAUGAGAUUUCUCAGAUCACCAACGAUCUGGCACAGAUUGUGGUUCCUAAAGAUAACUCAACUCUGCUGAAAAGGUUACUGUGCAUAGCUGGGUUUUUUUCUGGACUACUCUUCUUCUCAGCAAUGCAAGAGCAGUCAAGGCAUUAAUUUGGAAGGGUUCUUGAAAACUUUCUUCAGGUUGCUUUGUGUCUGCCUGAAUCAAAAUUCUCAACUGGAGGUACAAGAAGACAUUGAUGUGAAGUUGAGUGGAAGAUGUAAAUAGUGGAAAUGUACAUAUUUUAUGUGAAAAUAACCUUCUCCAAGAAACUGAGAAACAAGAAUGCACUGUACAGAAUUGCAUGUGAAAAGAAGUCUUUUUCUACUGGAUAUAUGUUUCUGUUUACAUAUCUGUAUAAACGUGGCAAAGUGAAGUUAAAUGGAAUAGCAGCAUCAUGUGCAUAUCAUGGAACAAUCUGUUCCUUGGCUCCACCAAAUGGAGGGUGGAUGCUACUGUACAACACGUAGACGUAACGCACGCUGUUGUCAUUCUUUGCAAGGAGUGAGAGGAGAGCAGGUUUGCACUCCUCUGGUAAUGGUCACCUUUAGCUGAUGUGAAACAUGAAGUUAUUUCUCUGGUAAAUCGGGGCAUUUUUCUAAACAGGGUGGUAAUUUCUUGUUUAGGUAAAGAUAGUAUCUGUCAUGUGAAACCUUUUAUGCACAGAAAUAAGAAGUCUGUACCACUUCAGUGACUUAAGAUGAUAUAUAAGUUUACAUACCAUUUCAUGUGCUUUAAAGACAUUUCUAAGAAGUAUGGUGAAUUAUGAGGUGAAAUCUUCUUAAAUAUAUAGAAUUAUUCCUUUUUUUCCCCUCCUAAUUUUUGAUUUGUUGUAAGUUUUCCACUAAUUGAUGUAACUACGUGCAGUUCUUUCUGUACAGUCCCCACGUUGAAGCUAUUGGGAAGAUACUGAGCUAUUUCUUCAUCGGGUACGUUAUUUCCAAUGUUUGGAAGGUUAUCCUCCUUAAUGAGAACGUGAAUCGCUGAAAGACGUGGUAGAAGCCAACACUGGUGGACAGGAUGCAUUGAUCGCCAUCUGUGCCAGUAUUAGCGGUCAUGGAGAACUUUGAGCUUGAGGGGAUAAUUUUUGUUUUGUUCUUCGCAAGCUGACUAUUGUAGAUAUAAUUUUAUUUAUCUGUUGUACAGAUUCGGUUAAAAGAUUUAUUUUUAAUGUUCGAAAUAAUGCACUUGUUUACUAUUACUGUACGUGGGAUAAAGAGGUUUUUCUUUUCAUGUUGCGUAAUAUGAAGUAAUUUAAACAUUAAAUAAAUGUGCUGUGGAUGCUUAUUUUUGUGAUGGGAACAGCAACUCACCACCACACCUGUUGUAAAUUGCCAAUCAGUACUGCAGGAUUCCUCUGAAGUGAUAUUGUGGGCAGUGCUGCUGCAAACUAAGGGCAGACGGGGUGUGGGGCUGUUCUCUCUCACAUGGGCACCUGAAUGCAGUGGUGUAAAUCCCCCCAUCCUUCUCCUUGUUAAACAAAAAGCCUGUGCAGCUGGCACCAAGUCUUACUUUAAUUCUGAAGCACUGCCAUCGGACGUCAUCAUCCGUGUAAAAAUAAGCUGUUCAGGCAUCAUCGUGUAAUAAACAAGCAGUGACAUCGCUACUUAAUAGUCGUCUUAUUUAUUAGAUUUUACACUUGGUACAUUUACAAAGACACCUGUAGUGCUUUCUACUUGAUGGUAGACAAUCUAGUUACAGUAUCAGUUGUGCUGUCAUUGUACAUUGCUACCAAAGGCUGUAACUUUGCCAUUCCAUCUAUCACCGGUUCGAACCAUUACUAACUCUUUAACCAUGAAGUGUCUUCAGCCAGCUUUAUAUAUUUGUGCUUCUGUGGUAAAUAUUUUAAUAAGUAAAAAUAAAUCAUUUCUUACUAAACUUA